CGCGCUCGACCCGGACGGGAUUUUUGUCGGCAGCCAAUAUGGCGGCAACAAUGUUGAGGUCGAUCACCAGGCUAGGACGUCCUUCAACCUUCAUUUUCAGCAAUAAUUUUAUAAACCCUGGAUGUACAGUGCUGCAGAAUAGGAAGAAGCAGUGGCAGCCAGAUGUGGAGUGGACUGAGGAGUACGCGGGUGCCGUCAUGUACCCCAGCAGUAUUACUGAGAAGUGGACCCCACCACCAUGGAAUGACAAGGAUCCCCCUGCGGAGAAGGAGGUGUCCAACCUCACUAUAAACUUUGGGCCCCAGCAUCCUGCGGCCCACGGGGUGCUGCGGCUGGUGCUGGAGCUCAGUGGCGAGUCAGUGAAGAAGUGUGAUCCUCAUAUUGGAUUGCUGCACCGUGGCACAGAGAAGCUCAUUGAGUACAAGACCUACCUGCAGGCCCUGCCGUACUUUGACAGGUUGGAUUAUGUGUCAAUGAUGUGCAAUGAGCAAGCCUACUCGCUGGCUGUGGAGAAGCUGCUUAAUAUUCAGGCCCCGCCCCGUGCACAGUGGAUCAGAGUGCUGUUUGGGGAACUGACUCGUAUCUUAAACCACAUUAUGGCUGUCACAUCCCACGCCCUUGAUAUUGGUGCCAUGACCCCCUUCUUCUGGAUGUUUGAGGAGAGGGAGAAGAUGUUUGAGUUCUAUGAGCGUGUUUCAGGAGCCAGGAUGCAUGCAGCCUAUGUCAGACCAGGAGGAGUCCAUCAGGACAUGCCCCUGGGUCUAAUGGAUGACAUAUAUGAGUGGUGCAAGAACUUCUCUAUUCGAAUUGAUGAGGUGGAAGAGAUGCUGACCAACAACCGCAUCUGGAAGAAUCGCACAGUGAACAUUGGGGUGGUGACAGCAGAAGAUGCCCUUAAUUAUGGUUUUAGUGGCGUCAUGCUCAGGGGUUCAGGUAUCAAAUGGGACCUCAGGAAGACUCAGCCGUAUGAUGUUUAUGAUCAGGUGGAGUUUGACGUCCCCAUUGGCAGCAAUGGUGACUGCUAUGACAGGUACCUGUGUCGUGUGGAGGAGAUGAGGCAGUCUCUCAGGAUCAUGCUUCACUGUCUCAAUAAGAUGCCGGAAGGGGAGAUCAAAGUAGAUGAUGCCAAGAUUGCUCCCCCUAAGAGGUCUGAGAUGAAGAUGUCCAUGGAGUCUCUGAUUCACCAUUUCAAGCUAUACACUGAGGGGUACCAGGUGCCACCUGGAGCCACAUACACUGCUGUGGAGGCCCCCAAGGGAGAGUUUGGUGUCUAUCUGGUGUCGGACGGAUCCAGCCGUCCUUAUCGCUGCAAAAUCAAGGCCCCCGGAUUUGCUCACCUGGCUGGAUUGGACAAAAUGGCUAAAGGCCACAUGCUGGCUGAUGUGGUGGCAAUUAUAGGCACCCAGGACAUCGUGUUUGGGGAAGUGGACCGCUGAAGUGACUCAGAGCAGUUUUAUUUUAGGUCUGAGCCCAGCUCUACCUGUCCUGAGCGCUUAGAGCUCCAACAGUCAACCUCAUUCCCGCAUUGGUCCAGUUGUAAUCCACUCAGAAAACUCUCAGCUAUAAAUAGAUUUUUGCUUUGGAAUCUUUAACCAUCUGUCUUCCCCACGCAAGGGUGGGAUGUGGUGACAGUGAAGCGGAUACCUGUACAAACGUAAAUAAAUGUGUUGCAUAAAAAUUAGCUUAUUUCUGUGAUUUUUGCAACAUACUUGGGAGAAGCUGUAAUGUUUAGCACAGUACUCAUAAAAAAAAUCACUGCACGUACAUGAGUGCAAUGUAAAGUAGUUUAACAU